AUGCGGAAGGUGGCUGAGGAGGAGGUUGCCUUCCACCCGGCAGAUAUCCUACUCAACAGAACAGACCUAUCCAUAUCGAGGUAUAAGAAAAUGGUGUCCCGACACCUCCUAACAGCAGCAAAAUUGCUGAUCCCAACAGAAACAGCCGCCAACGUUCCAAGACUGGCUCUAGAGAGUGGAAAAGAUCAGACUAGUGGAAGCCAAAAUAGCGGCAGUAAGUGGAAGGCUGGAGAAACACGAAGAGAUUUGGAGGACGUGGACGUACUAUCUGUGCAACCGGGACGAGUCUGGAAACCAACCCGCCGGGUAAUGGGAGAUGUGGAGGACCUGGGAUGA